AUGUCGAACAAUCAUGAGACCGACGGCCACCUGGGCACCGAAGCAGGCGUAGUGAUUGAAGAAGGCUACCAGUCCCCAAUUGAAGCACCGCCGGGUUUGUACGUCAAGGCGCUUUACGACUAUACAUCAGACGAUCACACAAGUUUGAGCUUCCGCCAAGGAGACAUUAUACAAGUAUUAAACCAAUUGGAAACUGGUUGGUGGGACGGUGUUAUUGGAGAUGUUCGCGGUUGGUUCCCGAGUAAUUAUUGCGCUGUUGUGCCGGGUCCCGAUGCCUUCUCUGAUCGACUAAAUCUCGGUGGUGAAAUAAGCAUCGAGUCUGGAACGGAGGAUGAUUAUGAGGAUGAUAACGAUGACGACUUGGACUCGCAAGGAAAUUCAAAAGAGGAUGUCUCGGUGCCGCCAAUUGAGAACACGACCCCUGGAACUCAGGAGGAAGCUGCAUUUUGGAUACCUCAAGCGACGGCCGAUGGGCGUCUUUUUUAUUACAACACCUUGACUGGCUAUAGUACAAUGGAACUCCCUCUAGAAACGCCAACCUCACCUCACGAAUCUGGACCACGUAAUCGGACCAACAUCUAUGUGCCGGAACAUACUCGCGCACCUGCGGACAUUGUAAACCGACCAGCUGGUGGGUUUGAACAAGAUUACGACGGCUCUGCAUCUGAAGCUGAAGGUGAAUCUCUGCUUCUUGCAUCCAACGGGUCCUUCCCCAGGCGGCGCCAUUCAGGCUUGUCUAAUGGGGUGUCUCCCGCGACCUCUUUAGAUUCGAUGAACCCGUCACCGGUCACAAAGCUCUUGGACUCGCAGAUUCUGCGCGGCGCCGCACAAUCAGCAUCUCUUACUGGUGUCGCUAACACUGCUCCUUCCAAUUCACGAUCACCCUCUGCACCACCCCCUUUUUCCAUUCCCCGAUAUUUCCUUGAUGAUGCCACCCAGAUUCCGCCGACAUGGGCAUCUCUUGUUGAAAACAUGCGCCAAGCCAUUGAAGCAUACCGUCAAGCGAUGCUGGCAGGCGACAGAUCGCAGUUUGUAAGCCGAGCGGAGGAUAUCUCAGACCACCUACGAAUUUUACUCGCUGCGGGAUCUGAUACGACUGAUAACCACUCCGGGAACCCCUCAAUUAUUUCGACCAACAAGGCGUUAUACCCUCAUUUCCGCGACAUGAUGUCCAAAUUUUCCAAAUUAGUGCUAUCAUCUCACAUCGCAUCUGCAGAUUGGCCGGUGCCAGAUUCCUCCAAGAAAUGCCUGCAUGAAGCUGAAGGCGUUCUGGCUGGUGUUUAUGGUUAUGUCAAUGUAGCUAGACAGCAGAAGGGAGAGGAUAUCCGGCGGCUGAUCCCCGGGUUUGUGAGCGGGAGCACUUCCGGAGGCCACUGGCAGAAUAAUAAUGUUCGUGACAAAGACCCUACAGCGUUUCUUGACUACGAAUCAGGACGUGACCCCCGAACCGCACCGUCAAUCAUCCUUGAUUCGAGACUGUUGGACCGAAUCGAUGAGCUGCGAAAAGAGGCCGUAGCGAGUUGCCGUUUUCUGGAUAAGCAGCUUCAUCUGAACGAUAAGACUGUGACUCCCAAUAAACACAUCGCCAUCGGAGACGCCGUAUGUACUGCUGGUAUGAGAGUUUUGGAGACUUUCAGACCUUGGAUGUCUCAUAUCGAAUCAAUAAACUUAGCUCCUCUGGGAACAAGCUUCCAGAACCCUCAGCUAGCAGACUUUAGCCUUCAAAAGCAAAGGGCAUACGAUGGUAUAGCAGACCUUAUGCUAGCUUGCCAGGCCGUAUCAGCACCUUUGGCUGAUGAGUGGGCUGAGUUGCGAUCCGAUGCUCUUGAUACUCGUCUCAAUGAUGUAAAGAUCAUUACGAGGCAACUAGAGCAAUACAUGUCACAAAUAGGAUUCUCGUUGACGUUGCUACUAGAGCAAACGCCCUUGGAAUCACCGGCCAAGCAGUUAGGGGGGACUGCAGAGGCUUCCACGUCGAAACGAACGCGUUCAGACUCCCAAGUUAGAAGAGUUCCUCCUGAGUCCAUCGGAAUUCCGUCAUCAUACCCAAUUAACGGUGAAGAUUUGAUAGAAAAGCCGCCGCGCUCGUUAGAUAAAGCACAGCGCUUCUUCGGGCAACCCGUUCCUCGGGAAGCGCCACCUCGGGACAUUGACGAGCCUCCAUGGUUCUUAGGACUGGAUCACGAGGGAGAAGUAUUUUAUGAUACAAAAUCUGACGUACCUCAGGUGAAAUGCGGCACUCUGGCCGGGCUAGUUGAGCAGUUGACCCGCCACGAUAAACUGGAUCCCUCUUUCAAAGACACGUUCCUCCUCACCUACCGAUCGUUCACUUCUGCUUCCGAGCUUUUUGAAAUGCUGGUUCAUAGGUUCACCCUCCAGCCACCUUCAGGGAUAAAUGCGACAGAACUGCAAACGUGGACUGAACAAAAACAAAAUCCCAUUCGAAUCCGCGUUGUCAGCAUCCUUAAAAGUUGGCUGGAGACGUAUUGGAUGGAACCAAAUGACAAUGCAAAUAUCCAGUUGUUGAGGCGAAUACAUGCGUUUGUUAUGGAUGCUGUGGCCAAUACCAGAACUCCAGGAACAUCUCAGCUACUCAGUCUAAUUGAUCAGCGGAUACGCGGGCUGGAUCCCACAGCGAAACGUCUUGUCCCAACUCUUAGUGCACAUACUCCCACUCCAGUCCUCCCAAAGCACAUGAAAAAGAUUAAAUUCCUUGAUAUUGACCCGACUGAGUUCGCGAGACAGUUAACUAUCAUCGAAUCGAGAUUGUAUGCCAAGAUCAAACCCACUGAAUGUCUGAGCAAGACAUGGCAGAAGAAACUCGGAACCGAUGAGCCUGACCCAGCGGUGAACGUCAAGGCUCUUAUCCUGCAUUCUAAUCAACUAACAAAUUGGGUGGCGGAGAUGAUCUUGACUCAAUCAGAUGUGAGGAGACGAGUUGUCGUGAUCAAACACUUUGUUACUGUUGCAGAGAAAUGCCGCCAAAUGAACAACUACUCAACUCUAACAUCGAUCAUAUCGGCGCUCGGAACGGCACCUAUUCAUCGACUAAACCGGACCUGGGCGCAGGUUAAUCAGAAGACUUCAUUGACUCUAGAAGCCAUGCGGAAACUCAUGGCCAGCACGAAGAAUUUCGGGGAAUAUCGUGAAACUCUGCAUCUUGCGACACCGCCUUGCAUUCCCUUCUUUGGUGUCUAUCUGACUGAUCUCACCUUCAUCGAAGACGGUAUCCCGUCCUUGACGCCCUCCGACCUGAUAAACUUCAACAAGCGUGCCAAGACGGCGGAAGUGAUCCGAGAUAUCCAGCAAUAUCAAAAUACGCCUUACCAGCUGCAGCCAGUGCCCGAGCUGCAAGAUUACGUUUUGAGCAAUAUGCAGGCGGCGGGGGAUGUCCACGAGAUGUACGAUCGGAGUCUCGAAGUUGAGCCCCGAGAACGCGAAGACGAGAAAAUUGCGAGGCCGUUGGAAAUGCUCGAGCAGGUUGAACCCUGUUACCCGUGCGACCGUUGUUGCGGGAUGAUCGUUCCUCGCACAAGGCGGACCUUUCAAUUUGACGCCGCGCUCACCUCCGGUCGAGAUUCUGGAUCUGCGAGCGAAACGCAGGAGCACGAUGAUUAUGGGCUGAUUCGCGAACGCCCGCGAUUAGCUGUUAAUCUCGUCGAUCGUGUCAUCGCAAGACCCACUAUCUAA